GCCCAAUUCAAGGGAGAAACGAGCAGGUCUUUUUCUUACCUUGCCCAUUAUUGCUUAUAAAUAUGGCAUCGCAUCAAUUUACCAUUGCGUCGCCGCCGACAGACGCCAUCUCCGCGCUGAAGUUCUCUCCAGAUCCAGAUUCGACGCGAUUCAUCGUAUCCUCAUGGGACAAGAAUAUAUAUCUGUACGAUCUUCGCGACGAGAAUGGAAAUGUCGGUGAAGGGAAACUGUUGCAGAAGUUUGAGCAUCGAGCUCCUGUUCUUGAUAUCUGCUUUGGCGCGAACGAGGACGAGAUUUACACCGCUGGCUUAGAUUGGGAUGUGAGGAAGAUCGAUGUAGCAUCCUCCACGCAGACAGUCAUGAGCAGCCAUGACGCUGGCGUGCGCAGCGUUGUCUAUAGCAGAGAACAUUCCCUUUUGAUAUCCGCCUCGUGGGACUCAACACUACACGUCCACCGUCCUGAUGCGGACUCCAACGGCGGCUCCGUACCUGCAGUCAUACCUCUUCCCCAUAAGCCCUUUUCCAUAGCCCUCACGCCUACCAAACUCGUCGUCGCCAUGGCGUCCCGAGCCUUGCAUAUCUACGAUCUCAAGGCUCUUGCUUUACUUACAGAUCAAUCAGAGGCCACAGUCGAGAAUAAAGUGGAGAUCGAGCCAUGGCAACGGAGGGAAAGCAGUCUCAAGUUCAUGACGCGUUCCAUCGCAUGUAUGCCCGAUGAUGCUGGGUACGCCUCGUCCAGCAUCGAGGGUCGCGUUGCUGUUGAGUGGUUUGAUCCGUCGGCAGAGUCACAAGCGCGCAAAUAUGCAUUUAAAUGCCAUCGACAGACAGCGGACGAUGUCGACGUAGUGUACCCGGUGAACGCGCUUUCCUUUCAUCCAAUCUACGGCACAUUCGCCUCUGGGGGCGGCGACGGAGUCGUUGCUCUAUGGGACGGCAUUGCCAAGCGGAGAAUUAGGCAGUAUCAGAAGUAUCCUGCCAGCAUCGCUGCUUUAGCUUUUAAUAGUAAUGGGAAGUAUCUGGCUAUUGCGGUUAGUCCGGGAUUCGAGGAUGGAAAGGAGGAUAUUUCCGAGGGGAUGGUAAAGAUCUACGUGCGUGAACUUGGGGAGACAGAGGCUAGAGGGAAAGGUGCAAAGCAGUAAGCGAUUUGCGAUGUUAGUUCCUAUGAAAUCUCAUCAGCCUUUCUAUUGUUUCCUUACUUUUUUUAUUACGAAAUUACGAAUAGGAAAAACGUAUGUAUAUGUCAACA